AUGUCUGAGAACUCUCCCUGCACAGAGGCCGAUGUCCCUUGUUCACGCCUUGGCUUCCGAUCUAGCUGCAGGAUGGUGCUGAAUAUAUUCCGGGAUCCUGAGAUCUCAGUACCUGUUACUCCAGAGCAACCUCUUACACCAAUCUUGAACCUAACUCAGGAUUUCAGGAACCUCAGCACGUUGGCAGUGGAUACACCAAGACGUUGCCUAGAUCUGUCCAAUCUCAGUAAUAGUGAAGAAGAAACUGCCUUCAAUUUCAGCCCAAUGCCAGGGACACUGGAAACUGAUCAGAAAGGCUCAACCGAACUCCAGGAUAGGCUAGGCUCAAGGAGGCAGUGUGUGCAGUUGCUCCAGCCCCAGGUGCUGUGCAGCACACCGGGAACCCCAAACUGCAUCCGCCAAAUUAACAGGGAGAUCAGCAGCCCUUUCAUGAACAAGGAGAAUGAGGGCAGCCUGUUUAAGCACCCAGGAUGGCACAUGCCUAGGUCUCUGCUGUUCCGGAAGAGACUACCAGACACACAGCUGACCUGCUAUACUGCAAUGCUGGUGAGGGGUCUAGAGGAGUGUGAGAUGAAGGAUCUUGGCAGCUCAAUUGGUGCAGCGGGACCACCAAGGAUUCCACACGGCUUUCCAGAGCUUUGCCCUGAUGAGCAGGAAGAGACCGAGAAGCCAGUUGCUGGGCACCUCUCCAGCAUGGCUAACUUGCUGUCCAGACCCCUCCUUACACAGGACAUCAAUGUCAGUGAGGUCUCCAUGAACAAAAGCCGCCUGUUCUGCUCUCCGUCACUGCCAGAGAAACUGAACAAGCCUGGGGUGAAGAAGGCAGCGAAGGGCCAAGAUGAUGGAACUCUCACCAAGGUGAAACAGAGACGCAGCCCGAUCCAAGAGGAGCCACAUGGGGUCAUGCUUUUGAAGAAAACUGCCUCCCUUUCUGACAUCGAGAUUGUCAGAGCACUUGAUCAGGACUACUGCUUCAGGCAGCUGAUUGGAGAUUUCUCCAGUGUGUAUUCGCUGCCAACAGUAGCAGGAAGGCAGGAGGAGCUGCGAUUCAUCACCGCAGAGACUGUAAGCCAUCACCACUGCUUGGGUGUGGGUCCAUGUCCAUCCUUUAUGGCUGCUCUGCUCCAUGAUCAGUUCCAGAGCCUUAUAGAAAAGUUCUGCAUCAUUGACUGUCGCUACCCCUAUGAAUAUCGUGGAGGGCACAUCAAGGGGGCUUUAAAUAUUCACAGGCAGGAUGAUCUAUUUGAAUUCUUCCUGAAGAAGCCCCUUCUCCCGUCAACACCACAGAAGCGCCUCAUCCUCGUGUUCCACUGUGAAUAUUCUUCUGAAAGAGGCCCCAAGAUGUGUCGCUAUCUGAGGAAAGAAGACCGAGCCAUGAACGAGUAUCCCGCACUCCACUACCCUGAACUUUAUGUCCUUCAGGGUGGCUACAAGGGCUUCUUCCUAGAAUACAAGGAGCUGUGUGAGCCCCAGAGCUACUGUCCCAUGCAUCACCACGACUUCAAGGCAGAGAUGCUCAAAUUCCAUACCAAAAGCAAGACAUGGGCAGGGGAACAGAGGCGGAGGGAUCAAAUUGCUCGUCUCAUGAAGCUAUGAGAUGAAAAGGCAGGAGCCAAGCAGGGUGCUGCUCUAAGAGGACUUCCCUGGUAAAGGGGAAAGCCUGCAUAUCUAUAAUAGCUUAUGCUGCACAGAAUCUAGGAAGGUGAGCAUGCCCAGGAUCAAGUGGACCUGGCCGUUGUUACAAUAAGGAGAGCUCAGAAGUGUUAAGUCUCUUGCUUCAGUAAGCUUCAUUUGGGUGAGAUUAUGCCCAAGUACAAAGCUUCAUAA